AUGCCAACGAGAUCUGAUGUACUAGGGGCUUCCAUUCCUAACCUUCCCCAUGCGAUAUCUGUCUCACUGCCAACAUGGGAUGAUAACAUUGGGUACGAGGAAGGAGACAAACGGGUGGUGGAUGCAAUGGUUAAUGGUUAUCCACGCUUUUUCAUACAUCGAGACAUCCAAACACUAGCCGGUGUGUGUGAGAAGAAAUUUGGGAACACCGGAGAAAGAUGUUUCCUGUUCCCAGCUGCGUACAUCGCAAACGCAUGUCGGCAAUUUAUCAUCAAUCGUUCGCCCAACCCUUCAUCCCCCGUCCCGGUCCGUCUAGUCCAAUACUUUAUUUGUCCCGGAGAAGGCACAAGUCAAAUCACAUCCGGCGGCACCCCUGAUAAGUCUAAUGUGGAUUGUGUGGAACUACAUGUUGUGCUGUUUCAAGAAGACGCGUUCUCGUUGGGUAAACAGUUUUGGCAGCACACUGGUCUCGGUAUAUCCAGUCGCCUGGCGUCGGCCGCCCUUGAUCUACUUGCUCGAAACGGUGAACGACCCGCUCUUGGAGCCGCCCCCACUGCCCCAUCCCCGGCGCCCAAGUCCCAAAGCUUCCAGCGAAAUAAGCAUUACGGUACCAAGGUGCGGCUCGGGCAAACAUCGCCGCCACCUCCGCAGCACGUUCAGCCACUUGUCGCCGAAAAUGUCGGUUCCGAGCACGACGCCUAUAUCGAAGAACGCUAUGGGCGCAAUUUACCCAAGGCGAAUGCCGCAUUGGCAAAGACUGCGCUUCGCCGUCGGAUUGCGGGAGUGCUUGUCAACGAUUCGCCGUCAGCACCCUUGUCUGAUCAGAUACCCGAGCUCGGUGUGAGUCAACGAGGGAUAGAUGUGACUGAGAACGAUGUAUUCCUAUUUCCGACUGGUAUGGCGGCAAUCUGGACUUCGCACCAACUUGCCCUGGCCUCCCGCCCGCAACAGAAGAGUGUGUGUUUCGGUUUUCCCUACACCGACACCCUCAAGAUCCUUCAGAAAUGGGGUCCAGGUUGCCAUUUUUUCGGGCGGGGACAGGACACCGACAUCGAUGAACUGAGCUCAAUUCUCCAAGGAGAAUCUAUCUUGGCACUGUACACCGAGUUCCCCUCUAAUCCGUUGCUUCGAUCUGCCAAUUUACCAAGGUUGCGAGAGCUAGCGAACAAGCAUGACUUCCUGAUCGUCGUUGAUGAGACAGUUGGCAGUUUUGUCAACGUCGAGGUGCUUCCCUACGCGGACAUCGUUGUAAGCAGCCUGUCCAAAGUAUUCAGCGGAGAAGUGAACGUGAUGGGUGGAAGCUUGGUCCUGAAUCCCAAAGGAAAGCACUACGAGGCUUUGAAAUCUCAAUUACAACAUACAUACGAAGAUACGUACUGGGGUGAAGAUGCGCUUUUCAUGGAACGUAAUUCCCGCGACUUUAUUCCACGAGUGCACACGAUCAACGAAAAUACGGAGGCUCUGUGCGAGUUUCUUCGCAACCGCUCAUUCUCUGUAUCAUCCCCCGCGCCAGGCACGGUCAUCAAAGAAGUCUAUUACCCCAAGUGGGAAACGCGCGCAAACUACGGUACAUGCAGACGCACUUCCAGCGAUAACCCUUAUCCAAGCGGGUUUGGCGGCCUGUUCUCUGUAACCUUCACGACCAUUGCUGCUUCACGGGCAUUUUUCGAUAAUCUGGACUGUGCUAAGGGACCCAGUUUGGGCACAAACUUUACGCUCGCUUGCCCGUACACAAUAUUGGCGCAUUACGCAGAAUUAGAUUGGGCUGAGGGCUAUGGUGUUGAGACCGGGCUGGUCAGAGUCAGUGUGGGGCUGGAGGGAAGGGAUGAUUUAUUGAACAAGUUCAGGGUGGCGCUAGAGAAGGCCGAAGAAAUUGCCCACGAGAAUUAA